CUUUUUUUUCCCUUGGCUCCUAUUACCACAUUUUAUAUAUACUGAAGUCAUGGUCAAUAUACCAGUUGCUCCAGCAAACGCAACAACAGCUGGGCUGUUUGUUCAAGAACUUGCUCCCAUAGGAGGUUCAUUGGUUGGAUCGUUCUUUGUCGGAUUAAUCCCUCUGAUUGUUGUGCUUGUUAUGUUGGGUGUUUUCAGAAUCCCAGCACACUAUUCAUCGUUCGCCGGUCUAGUAGUAUGCAUUUUCAUCGCUAUAUUUGCCUGGCACAUGCCGGCACAGCAAUGCUUUGAAUCGAUUGCCAACGGUAUCGUCUAUGCCAACUGGCCUAUCAUGUGGAUUGUCGUCAAUGCAAUGUUCAUAUACAAUAUUGCUGUCCGCAGUGGAAAGUUUGAGCUCUUCCGGCGCUGGAUGAUUUCUAAUACACCAGCUGAUAAGCGUAUAUUGCUGUUGAUCAUUGGAUACAGUUUUGGUGCAUUACUAGAAGGUGUGGCGGGCUUUGGUACUCCUGGAGCUAUCUGUUCCUCCCUUCUCGUUUCGCUUGGCUUUGACCCCAUUGAUGCAUUGACUUACACUCUGAUAUUCGACACGACUCCUGUCGCCUUCGGUGCUUUGGGUAUUCCUGUUACCACUUUGGCUACCCUGACCGGCUUGCCAGCAAAGUCGUUAUCCCAAAUGAUUGGCCGUCAAUUGCCUUUCGUGUCACUGUUUCUGCCCACCUAUGCGCUUUUGUUUUAUGCUGGCUGGCGUGAUGGUCUUUUAGCGUGCUGGCCUGCUGGCGCUGUUGCCGGUAUUUCAUUUGCUGUAACACAGGCUAUCUUUUCUAACUUGGUUGGACCAGAACUACCAGAUCUCAUUGCCGGUCUUGUAUCGUUGAUCGCCAUUAUCGGAUUUGUUCAGUGGUGGAAGCCUCCGUAUAACGAAAAGUAUGUGGCAACCAUGGUGGUCGCUGGAGGUGAGGAACCUCUCGCGCCACAGAGAAGAUCUUCCGACGUAUCCAGUAAGCAAGAGAUUCAUGAGGAGGAAAAUGCUACCAAAGACGGAGAGGAAACCCACCAUGGAUCAGACGAGAAGGCGACGUCUUCAGACGAUGCAAUUCCUACAGAAAAUGAAGGUCGUCAAGUUGCACCCGCUAAUGCUGUGGUUGAAAAGCCCACAUUAUAUGAAGCUUUGUUUGCUUGGCUGCCUUGGUUGCUCAUCGUUGUCAUUGUCAUCAUUUGGACCUUCUGCAAAGUUUCCGCCAUUGGACAGGUCAAUGUUCAUUGGCCACAUCUUGACAACCAAGUAUGGCUAACUUUGUAUGAGAAGAAGUAUGCCGCAGUGUGGUCUUUCCAACCUUUAGCAACGGGAACUGCCAUUUUGGUGGCCGGUCUUGUUUUCUUGAUCUGCGUUCUGCUGACAGGAGAACAUAUUUCCAUUGCUUGGUUAUCGGUGGUCGAUACUGCAAAGCAGCUGUUUUACCCUGUUAUUACCGUAUCUUUUAUCAUGGCUUUCGCCUACUUGUAUAAUUACAGUGGUAUCGCUUAUACGGUUGGAUUAACCUUAUCCAGUGUGGGUCGUGCAUUCCCCUUCCUCUCUGUAUGGCUGGGUUGGCUUGCUUGCUUCCUCUCUGGUAGUGAUACUUCGGCAAACUCGCUGUUCGGUAACCUUCAAGUGGUUGCUGCCAGACAGAUCGGUUUGUCUCCAAUUUUGAUGGCUGCCGCUAACUCCUCCGGUGCCGUCACAUCUAAGAUGAUUUCUCCUCAAAACUUGACGACCGGCGUUGCUACCAUUGGUCUUCGCGGCAAGGAAGGCUUGGUGCUUCGACGUACCAUCGUCCACAGUAUUAUCAUGUGCUUGGCCCUCGGUGUGAUCACUUGCAUUGAACAAUAUGGUAUCCCACAAUUGAUUCCCCCAGAGUAAUUUAAUCGUUAUCCCAACCGGAGAAAGUCAACAUUUUUGAUGAAUUAAGAUCUGUAAGAUAUGAACACUAGUAUACUUAGCUUUACUUCUGACUUAAAAAACGAAAUAAAAAAAAUAUAUAUGACAUUACUUCUACUCUUGAUUUCUUGUUUCCUUUUCGUGGUAUAGCCUGUGGGCUUGCAUUCCCCAAGUGAACAUGGCUUUUCCGCAAAUACUGCAUGUGUCCCAAGUCUCGUCUCCGUCACCUAACAAUACCAUU